GGUGGCUAGUGUAGAACCUAAUUAAGCAACAACAGCAUCAUAUCUAUCUUUGUUCCUCGUUGCCUGUUGUUUUCUUUCAAGAGAGAUGGCAUCUCAAAACACAAACCAGGAGAAAUCAGGGGUGAUUGGUCGAGUAUUGGCCUUGCCAAAAGUUCUUAAGAAGAAGGUGUUGGGAAUUUGUAGGUUAACAAAAGAGAUAGCCCAAGAUGAUCCUAGAAAAAUUAUUCAUUCACUAAAAGUGGGGCUUGCAAUAUCACUGGUUUCUCUUUUCUAUUACUAUCAACCACUAUAUGAGAAUUUUGGUCUAUCAGCAAUGUGGGCUGUGAUGACUGUAGUGGUAGUUUUUGAAUAUACAGUCGGAGCCACUCUAGGAAAAGGUUUGAAUAGGACAAUUGCAACAUUGGCAGCUGGUGCUCUUGGUGUUGGUGCUCAUUACUUAGCCAGCCUUUCUGGAGCAACAGGGGAACCAAUAUUGAUUGGUGCAUUUGUCUUUGUGCAAGCUGCCAUAGCAUCGUUUAUAAGGUUUUUUCCGAAGGUGAAGGCGAGAUAUGAUUAUGGGAUGCUUAUAUUCAUCUUGACAUUCUCUUUGAUAUCCGUGUCUGGUUUUCGAGAAGUUGAAGUGUUGGAAAUGGCACACAAGAGACUCUCAACCAUAUUUAUAGGGGGUUCAGCUUGUGUGAUGAUUUCCAUUUUUGUUUGCCCUGUGUGGGCUGGUGAAGAGUUCCACUAUUCCAUUGCUCACAAGCUGGAAAUACUCGGCGAUUUCUUGGAAGCUUUUGUACAUGAAUACUUCAAACCACAAGAAGGAGAAUCUGAAGACAGCAAAGGAGAUUCUAAAGACAAAUCAUUUUUGGAAGGUUAUAAAAAGGUUCUCAAUUCUAAAAGUAUAGAUGACUCUUUGGCAAAUUUUGCAAAAUGGGAGCCAGGUCAUGGCAAGUUUAGAUUUCGUCAUCCUUGGGACCUAUACCUCAAGAUUGGUGCUCUUUCUCGCCAAUGUGCAUAUCGAAUGGAAGCUAUAGAUGCAAACUUUAAUUCAGAUAUCAAAGGAUCCCAGGAUUUUCGUUCCACCAUCCAAGAGUUAUGCUCAGAAAUGAGUUUGGAAUCUAGCAAAGCCUUCAAGGAACUAGGAUCAUCGAUUAGAAGAAUGACUAGGCCUUCUUCUUCGGACACACAUGUUGCAAACGCAAAAUCUGCAGUGAAGAGCCUCAAGUCGUUGCUCCAAUCAUGUUCAAGGAAAGAAACAGACCUUUUAUCACUUCUACCAGCUGCAACAGUGGCUUCACUACUGAUUGAUAUUGUGGAAAUCACAGAGAAAAUAGCAGAUUCGGUGAAUGAUCUUGCCACCCUGACAGCUUUUGAGGUUGUAGAUACAGAUAAAUCUCCUAAAGUACCAUCACAAUCUUCACACUGUGAAUGUGAUGAACCAGUUCCCAAAACUGAUCAUCUCCAAGUCGUUAUUCUAAUUGAGGAGUCAGCACUAGCUGUGUCAGAUAGUGAAAAAUCAAACGUAGUUUGAGUUUGACAAUUAGCACACGUAAAGAUUGUAAUAAUAUAUCAUUGCUUCAACUUAUUCACAACAGAAAAUAAUGGUGCAUUAAUUGCACCUUAUAGAGUGUUUUGAAAGCAUACCCUUAUGUUUUCUAAACCGUGAGGGGUAUCUUAUGUACAAUAAUGUCAAAUUUGUAAUCUGGAUUUCAAUUCAUUUAUGAGCACCAUUCUCAUUAUUUUAACUGAUAUUUUCAUUCUGAA